GGAAGAGCUUGCACUCCAGCUUUGCGUUCAGUUAGGCACAGACGCUCUAGCCUCUCUCUCCUCUUGGGUCUCUUUUGGACAUUUGGUGCGGCCAAACAACAAUAAGCAGCCAUGGAUGCCAUCAAGAAGAAGAUGCAGAUGCUCAAGCUCGACAAGGAGAAUGCCUUGGACAGAGCUGAGCAGGCUGAGGGAGACAAGAAGGCAGCAGAGGACAGAAGCAAACAGCUUGAGGACGAUUUGGUAGCCCUGCAGAAGAAGCUGAAGGGAACUGAGGAUGAGCUCGACAAGUACUCCGAGGCUCUUAAAGAUGCCCAGGAGAAACUUGAGCUGGCUGAGAAGAAAGCCACAGACGCUGAGGGAGAUGUCGCUUCCCUUAACAGACGUAUCCAGCUGGUUGAGGAGGAGUUGGAUCGUGCUCAGGAGCGUCUGGCCACUGCCCUGACCAAGCUGGAGGAGGCUGAGAAGGCUGCUGAUGAGAGCGAGAGAGGCAUGAAGGUCAUUGAGAACAGGGCCAUGAAGGACGAGGAGAAGAUGGAGCUGCAGGAGAUCCAGCUGAAGGAGGCCAAGCACAUUGCUGAGGAGGCUGACCGCAAAUACGAGGAGGUGGCCCGUAAGCUGGUCAUCAUUGAGGGUGACCUGGAGCGUACAGAGGAGCGCGCUGAGCUUUCAGAAGGCAAAUGCUCUGAGCUUGAGGAAGAGCUGAAAACUGUGACCAACAACCUGAAGUCACUGGAGGCCCAGGCUGAGAAGUACUCACAGAAGGAGGACAAGUAUGAGGAGGAGAUCAAGGUCCUCACUGACAAGCUGAAGGAGGCUGAGACUCGUGCUGAGUUCGCUGAGAGAUCAGUAGCCAAGCUUGAGAAGACCAUUGAUGACCUGGAAGAUAAAUUGUUUACCCCUCAUCAAAGAAGCCUCCUGCCGGCUGAGCAGCAUCUGUCUGCUCUCUCCAGCCUUCUCUCCAUUUCCCAUCUCUCUCUGUCUUUGCUUUCCUCUCCUCCUCAUGUUUUCAUCCUCAUGUCAAAGUUAAGUUGCAUCCCAUCUCUUGUACAGAAUCCUAGACUCUUUCUGCGUUGUGUAAAAAUAAACGUCCUUCCUUCUAUGUAAGCUGUAUCUCUUUACUCUGUCCUUUUCUGUUUUUUUUUUCUUUUCGAUUUCUAUUUAUUAAGUGGCUCUAAUAAAACCAGGAAGCCUUGAUUUUAAGUUAUGUAUUUUAUUGUUUUCGUUUUGUGAUUCUCAAGACGCUAUUAUGUUGACCAUUUAGCAUCAUCCCCACCAUAGUUAAUCAGUUUUGCAGAUUUCAUUUCACAUUCGAAUAUUGCUCUGUAAAGUUGAAAUACUAGGACCGUCACAGUAGUGUCGCAACCACAGUACCUUAAACAGCUAGCGGUACUUGAAUGUAAUUUGAGAUGAGAGUUUUUUUGCUCUCACAGCAUUUGAAACUGAUGCAUGCAAGCACUUUUCAACACAAAGUACUGUGACAGGAGUAGCAGGUGCUAUUUUUGGGGGAGAAAAAGUGAAUUAAUCGAUGUUGGGUUGUACCUGGAAAGAUUGUAGUCAAGUAAAGCAGUGGGUGUAAUGGUAGAGUUCAGUGCAGCAUGUAGGGUUUGAGUCCCACCUGAGUGGUGGACAAAGUUGGAUGAAAAUGACUGAGAAGGAUUGUUGACUCGCCAUUGAGAUACCAGUGAUGAUGACACAUGGUGAUUGUAUGAUAUACGGUAUCCUGUCAUUUAUUUAAAUAAAUACAGCUUCAUUCAUUCUGGAUUAGGUCGUUUUUUUUUUAAAAAAAAACAGCAGCAUAAGGUGAGACUCCUGUUGCAGUUAAAAUGAAAGCUAUCAGACUGCAGAACAUUUAUAUGGCCUCAAAUCUGCCAGACCAAACUAUUGCCACUGAUACACUGAUGAUGGCUGUGGACCAUAAUCAAUCUGAAGGCUGAGCCUUGCAGUGUUUUUCUUUUAACUUGAUUUGAAUCUGCUAUGCUCUCUGUCUGCACUCUCCUUCCUCUUAAACAAAUUUAAAAAAGGAUGAUAACGAGGGUGGAUUACUCCCUCGUACAAAAAACAAAACAUAACCUCAUUUGAUCUACUAUGUUGGUUAAAGGCCAUUCAGAUAUUUGCAUUAUGGUUGCCAACAAUGAUUAGAAAAAAUAUAAAAAAUUUCCAUUGACCUGCUUUAGAAGAGGUAAGUUCUCUCUGCUCUUUUCCUGUUUUCCUCUGAUUUCUUCUCCUUCUCCUCUGUUUUCUUACUUGCUGUCUGACUGCAAAGACCGCCUCUACCAGCAACUUGAGAAAAACCGCCUUCUCACUAAUGAACUACGAGUGGCCUUGAAUGAGGACUAAAUUGUGUGAAAGUUUCGUCUCUUUAACCAUUUGCUUUUUAACGUGUAUAUGAUGACAAUCUGAUCCCCAUGUAAGAAACGCUACCUAACUUUGCGUUGUACGUGUACGAUGCUUGCACUGCUUGAGAUUUGUGUGGCUGUUGCUGAAAAGUCUAUUUAAAAUAUACUGAAAAUCAGGGAUUCUCAUAUAUAUAUUAUUCUUACAGCCUCGCAUCAUUGCAUUAUACAGUUGUCGUUUUUUGUUGUGUAUUGUGUUUCUGUGAAGUCUUAUGGGAAAUUCUUUGUUGUCGACUAUAAAGUGUCUGCAUGGUUGCUUGCAUUUCAUAAUAUGCGCUUGUUUAAACCAAAACAACACAUUUCUUGUUUUCUUUGUGUAUUAAAGGUCUGGUUAAACAGUAUACACAAAUUUAAUGACUGACCUGAAUGAUGUAGCCAGCUUAACUAUUAAUGCAAGUUAACCAACUGACUCAAUUGUUGCCUACUUGUGUGAAAUUAAAUCUUCUCCGUUU